CGGUGCCAGACGCGAAGGCCGUGGGUGGCUUUGCUAGCUGAGGGAGCAGCAGUCCGGCGCUUCACCAUGACGGCGGCCAUGAGACAGCGCUUCGACCGCUUCCUGCACGAGAAGAACUGCAUGACCGCCGUACUCGAGCGGAUCGAGAGCAAGACCGGCGUCGACCGCACCUACAUCGCCAUCGCUGUCCUGGGGGCGGUGGCCGUGUACCUGGUGAUCGGCUACGGCGCCUCGCUGCUCUGCAACAUCAUCGGCUUCGGCUAUCCUGCCUACGUGUCAAUCAAGGCCAUUGAAAGUCCCAAUAAAGACGAUGACACACAGUGGCUGACUUACUGGGUUGUGUAUGGUGUUUUCAGCAUAGCAGAAUUCUUCUCUGAUAUCUUUCUGUCCUGGUUCCCUUUCUACUACAUGCUGAAGUGUGGCUUUCUGCUCUGGUGCAUGGCUCCCAGUCCCUCUAAUGGAGCAGAGUUCCUCUAUCACCGAAUCAUCCGGCCCUUUUUCCUGAAGCACGAGGCUCAGCUGGACAAUGUUGUCAAAGACCUGAAAGACAAGGCUGCAGAGACUGCAGAUACCAUUGCUAAAGAAGCCAAGAAAGCAACAGUGAACUUGCUGGGUGAAGAGAAGAAGAGCACUUAAAACUUUUAACUGGAUAAAGCUUCCCAACCACCUUUAUUAUGAAGCUUGAUGUUAUGGGGAUCUGUGGUAUAAUUUUAAUAAUGUUGCCUUGAAAAUGUUUUGAUAUAUUAAAGGAAUGUGAUAUAAGUUUGCUUGCUAGUUUGCUGUUGUCUGCAUAGAAUUAAUGCAUUUUUAUUUAAAAGUAAUGCAGUGGGCAGUAUCUGAAAUUUAAUGAAAAUAUUUUAUUAGUCUUCAUGGAAAAGUCUUACAGUAAUCACCUUCUCCAGUAACAUAAAUAAAAAGUAUAUAUCUCAGA